UUCGAUUGGAAGUUUCUGACAAUGAAAGGGUCGAACAUGAUACAGAAUACGAAGGCCACGGAAAAUACAAAACUUCUUGCUGGGGACGAAAAAACCUAUUCUCAGCUGAUUGAUGGUGAAAAGGAGAAAAGUAGUUUCUGGAAAAACGUUCUUAACAAAGUGACUGAAAGCGGACAAUAUAUCCUCAUCAUAGAAUCGAGAGAGAACAAUAAAAAGAAGAACAAAAUUAAGGCGAACGAUGAACAAAGCGGGCAGCACCCAAACGAGAUCCCCGAAAUGCAGGUCAAGGGAGGAACAGGAAAGUGGCAGCGUAAAACGCUAACCUACUUACUUGGAGGAUUGUUCUUUGGUCAAAUGUUAGCACUUUGCAACGCAGUGUCCGGAAUCUUCAACCAAAUAAUCAACGAAUUAUUCAAGAGGCCCUUGCCAGCUUGCCAGACAGCAGCGAACUACGUUCUCCUUUGUCUCACUUACGGGAUCUACCAGCUGGCUAGGAACGGUUUCACCAUCCUCUUCUCCAAAUCCGGAGCGAGGUGCUUCCUCAACGCUGUGAUAGACGUGGAGGCUUGGUACUGGAUCUACAAGUCAUAUUCCUACACCUCUCUAACCAGCGUUCAAUCUCUGGACUGUCUGGCGAUUCCAGUAGCGAUCAUUAUCUCCAAGUUUCUCCUCCACAAGUCCUACAGGUGUUACCAGUACGCUGCGGUUGCUGUGUCUAUCGUGGGGGUUAUGCUGAUAGUGUACAGUGACUAUAACGUGGACGAUCCCUCCAACGUUAAAGGAGACAUCAUGUGCGCUGUGGGUGCUCUUCUGUUCGGGGCCAGUACUGUCUGUCAGGAGUGGAUCCUGCAGGAGCUCAGUACAUACCAGUACAUUGGAACCAUGUGUUGGUAUGCAGGAGCACUCAGCUUGGCUAAAGUGGGCAUUCUGGAGCGGGAGAUCUUCAUCCACACCUUGUCAGAACACGCCGACAUGUUGUUCUGGGUGGCAGGACUGGCGGUGUCCCAGUUUAUUUUCUACUCUGCUAUGCCCAUCAUGCUGAAAAGGUACGGUUGUGGAGCUGCAACAAUUAACAUUCUCGCUGCGGACGUGUACGCGGCAAUAGCUGGAGUCCACAUGUUCUCCUUAUCCUACGACUACAUCUACCUAUCGGGGAUGGUUGUGACUUGCUUCGGUAUUCUCAUCUACACUCUCACGGGCAAGGAAGAUGAGCUGCUGGAUGAGCCGCAGGAGUAUGAUGCUAAAAGUGGCUCCAUAUCAGACACAGAAUAUUCUUUUGAGUGUGACAUGUCCAAUUAGAGAAUUAGAUAUUGUAGGUAUGUUGUAAGUUAGAUAUUUCUUCUGGGAGCUGGCUUGUUGAAUGAAAUUAUACGCCGAAAUAAUGAAGGAAUAAAAUAAGAUAAUCACUUCCCUGCUUCAUCAGAAUUCAAAUCAUUUGUUGUAUAGUAGUGUUGAAAGUUUUAAAACUGUUUUAAUACUUUCAGCACUACUAUAUUAUAACAAAUAUUAUAGCAUAUAAUUUUGUUCAACAAACCAGCCGCUAGAAGAAAUAUCAAACUUGUAACAUAUGAUAUGCGGCUAAUAAAUGCAAUCGUUCCACUAGAAAUUGCUGUACUCCAAAAAAACGGGCAUUAAACGCCAAUAAAAUUAGACUGGAAUGAGAGGUAUGAACAUUUUAUUUCGGUUUUACUGUUACACUACAGCUAGGUUGAAACAGAUCGUUCAGCUCAAAGCAGCUGUAGAGUAUUCAGUUUUAAUUUUAAUUUGCGUUUUGUAUGCAUGCAUGCUCAAAUAUUGUAUCACGUCGUGACCCCCACUGUCGUUUCACUAUAGAGUUUCAACGAUACGUAUGACAACUCAAAUACACACUUUAUGAAUGGUGAUGUUACAGUAGUACCUCGUUGACGUUAUAUUAUAACAGUAACACGGACCUCGCUAUAACGCGAUUUUUGUUUAAAUUCUUUCCUCCCUCGAGGUGUGUUACAGCGAGGUACAACUGUAUCACUAUCGAUUGUUUUGUUGCUCUAUUGCAUGUUUUUUUAAACAAUAACACUAACAGAGUAGCACAGAUUUGGAAACUGGUUGUAUCACGUCGUGACCCCCGUGCAAUGUCGUUUCACUAUAUUGUAGAGUUUUUACACCAGUUUUCACCCCAGUAGGAUCGGUCAUUAAAAACGAUCCUGUCCUAUAACGGAUUACGUGUUGAAACACAUAUUAUAUGAUUCAUUAAAUGAUUCGUUACCUUGAAUCGGAGUUGAAUGUGCAACCAAUGGGUCGAGAUCCAAAUAAAAUUUUGUCAUAACCUGUUUUUUUGUGUUUAUAUUUAAACAAUAACAUUUGUAUCGUUUUUAAAUUGUUUG